AAGCAAAGAGGACAACUCGGGUUUUGCGUGGUAUUCUUAAUUUUCUAUUCUUCUGUAACUCACAGCGUGAAGUCUACUUGGAAAUCCAGAGUGCACAUAAAACAUCAAUGGAGAAAGAGCAACAACUUCAGGUGGCAAUCCAGGAUGCAACACUGAAGCUUGAAAAGAUGGAUAUUAUUCCUUCAGACCAACAAGUAGAAUUCAAGGAGCUGUCUCAAGAAAUUCAAGAACUACAGAAUAAACUCAACCAAGAAUAUCGGCAGAAAACAAAUGUUUUGCAAGAAGUGAUCCACCAAAAAAGAAUGAAAAUUGCAGAAAAAAAUCAAAAUUUAAACGAUCUGAAACUGGCAAUCUGUUAUCUAAAACAAGAACAAGAGCAAUUGAAAUCCAGGAUUACAGAGUCUCCAGAGAAACUCACUAAUUGCAGGGAACGGAUGAAGCAGACACAGCAGAAGAUUAAAAAAGACAAGCAAGAAGUAAUUGAGAAGUAUGAAGCUUAUAGAGACUUGGUAGAGAUGUUUCCAUCAUGUCAACUGGAGGUCCAAUUGUACCGAAAGAAAAUGCAAACACAAGGAGUAAAUAUGGAUAAGCUAUCAAAUAUAUUGGCCCAGAUCAGAACGUUAGAAGAUCAGAUUGAGAAUAGCACAAGUGGAUUCAAGAAUGCUAAGACGGAGGAAAUGUCAUUGAAGAGAUUAGUCACAGUUAAACGUGAAAAACUUGCUGCUGUUGAAAUCAAACUUAAAAAGAUAUAUGAGAAUACUGAACUGCAGAAACAGGCAAUAACUGAAUACUGCAAUAAAUUUCAAGAGAAGAGAGGAGCUGUCUGUGAAAAACUGACAGCAACAGACACCGAAAUCAUGCAACUCAAAGGUGUCAUUCAACAGCUCAGUGACAAUGUUGGGAAAGAGAAGGUGAAAGAGAAGGAGAUCUACCUCAGCUUGAGGGUUGGCUUGGAGAAAUACCAUGAAAGUCUGACCAGGACAGUGAACAGCUACGUAUCAUCCAGAGAAGAAAAAAUUGCUCAAUUAACUGGACUUUUUUGAUAUCAUAAUUCUAAUUAUUUUACAUCAUUUUCUUGUUCUAAAAAUAUGGAGUAGUCUGCUAAUUGCAAGAACUGUAGAGCUUACAAAUCUUUGUUGAAAAAGUGUCAAAUGACUAUUUUCUGCUUUCCAUUAUGUUAAUAUUUUUAACUGAAUAGAAUUGAGAGAUGCAAACUUGAAUUUACUUUCAUCAGAUAACAAUAGUAACUUACAAAUGGACAUAUAUUUGUAAAUUUUCUUUAGUCAUAAAGAUUUGUGAAUAUAAAAUUUAUAAACCAUAACCCAACAUUUUCUCUGUUAAAUUGGUUCUUUUUAAUCACAUUGUAAAAUAUCACUUGAAUUUUCAGCAACAAAUAUUGGCCAUUUACUUUUUUAAAAUCUUAGAUCUUAUGCAUACUAUUAUAGAUAGUUUCUGUAGUACCAAUUAUUUUAACAGCCCAAAUCUCAGAAGAUUACCAAGAUACUGAUCUAUAAGGUACUGACCUCCUUGCAGGAAAUCUUGUAAACAUUUGAGUGAGCACACCAUGCUUUACUAAGAAUUUAUAGUCUUGUUAUUUGGGGUCCUAUGAACGUCCUCUGAAUGACUUGCACGAGACAGGGUGCUUACUAGCAUCAUGUUUCUGAUUGUGGGCUUACAUAUGAUGAUUUAGAAUUCUGCUAAAAAGAAAAAAAAUAAGAAUUACUAACCUACAUGUUUCAUUUUUCUACAUAAUAAAAUCCAAAUGUGAUAA